AUGAAUACUGCAUUUGAACGGCAGAAUUCUAUAAUUGCUGAUGGUAUUAAUUACGAAUAUAUUUAUAUCAAGUCAAAAGACGAUUCAAAACCUACGUUGUUGUUUCUUCAUGGAUUUCCAUCAUCAUUCUAUUGUUGGCGUCACCAAAUUGACUACUUCUCUAAACAAGGUUACGGAUGUUUAGCACCAAAUUUAAUGGGCUAUGGCAAGACCUAUUCUCCGUUGGAUAUGAAUGAAUACAAAACAAAAUCGAUGGUUCAGCAUCUUAUAGCUCUUCUUGAGCAUUUGCACUUGAAUAAAGUUAUCGUUCUUGGACAUGAUUGGGGUGUUCGGCCAGCAAUUCGAUUUGUUUUGUAUCAUCCUGAACGUACGUUGGGUGUUGUUUUAUUUAAUUCUGGUUAUCGACCACCGGCGUGGCUGGAUUUUGAUAAAAUGAUACAAGGGACAAGACAGAUAUUCGGCUAUGAACUUUUUGGCUAUUGGGAAUUUUUCAAUUCUGAUGAUGCAGCAAAAAUUAUCGAAGACAAUGCAGAUCGUUUUCUUGAUCUUGCCUACGCAAGCGAUCCUGCACUGUGGAAAACUGAUUUAGCACCACUUGGCAAAGUUCGAGAAUGGGUAACAAACAAAAAAGCAACAACUCGAGCUUCGUAUUUAACGGAUAAAGAUUAUGAAGUCAUGCAUCAAUGUCUCACUGAAGGCAUGCAACCAAAAUUAAAUUGGUACAAAUCAGCUUUGGCUAAUAUUGAUUGGGAUGAUGAAAAAAAUCUUGACUACAAAAUAAAACAACCUGUUCUUUACAUUGGUGGCACGAAAGAUUGCAUAUGCAUUCCAAAAUUCUUUGCCGGUCAAAGUGAGCAUAUUACUGACUUGAAAUCAGUUGAAUUGGAAACUAGCCAUUGGACUAUGGAAGAAAAUCCAGAAAGCGUAAAUCACGAAGUCGAAACAUGGAUAAAACACAUUAGUUAA